UGAAAGGAGCCCUUCUGUCACUCGUCACUCGCUCCCUUGCUUGCUCGCUCGCUCGCUGGCUGUGGGAGGAGCCCGCCAGAGGAAGCUGUGUGCCUGGGAUGCCGAGAGCCAGAGAAUGGAUCUGCUCCGAGAGCAGACGCUGCUGAGGAUCCCAGCUUCCUGAGGCAGCUAAGAACCUGCAACUUGUCUCCAGAGUGGGCAUUCGAUAGCCAGAGGCGCAGAAAGGUCGAGCCCACCCUAAGGGACCCACGGACAAACAGAUGGUUGGUGCCAGCUGGAGAGGACCACAGCGGAGGCUGAACACCGUGAACCACAGAGGAAGAGAAACUAACUGCAAACCCAAGUUACCCCGCUGGCUUUGCCUCCCUGUGUUGAGGAAUGAGACCUUUCCAGCUCGAUCUGCUCUUCAUCUGCUUCUUCCUCUUCAGUCAAGAGCUGGGACUCCAGAAGAGAGGAUGCUGUCUGGUGCUGGGCUACAUGGCCAAGGACAAGUUUCGGAGGAUGAAUGAAGGCCAAGUGUACUCCUUCAGCCAGCAGCCACAGGACCAGGCUGUGGUGUCGGGGCAGCCAGCGACGCUGCUGUGUGCCAUUCCCGAAUACGAUGGCUUUGUGCUCUGGAUCAAGGACGGCUUGGCCCUGGGUGUGGGCAGAGACCUAUCAAGUUACCCACAGUACCUGGUGGUGGGGAACCACCUGUCAGGGGAGCACCACCUGAAGAUUCUGCGGGCGGAGCUGCAGGACGACGCAGUGUAUGAGUGCCAGGCCAUCCAGGCCGCCAUCCGCUCCCGCCCAGCACGCCUCACAGUCCUGGUGCCACCCGACGACCCUGUCAUCCUUGGGGGGCCUGUGAUCAGCCUGCGGGCCGGAGACCCUCUCAACCUCACCUGCCAUGCAGACAACGCCAAGCCCGCCGCCUCCAUCAUCUGGCUGAGGAAGGGAGAGGUCAUCAAUGGGGCCACCUACUCUAAGACCCUGCUGCGUGACGGCAAGCGGGAGAGCAUCAUCAGCACCCUCUUCAUCUCCCCGGGCGACGUGGAGAACGGACAGAGGAUCGUGUGCCGGGCCACCAACAAAGCCAUCCCCGGGGGCAAGGAGACCUCAGUCACCAUUGACAUCCAGCAUGCCCCGCUCGUCAACCUGUCAGUGGAGCCCCAACCGGUGCUGGAGGACAACGUGGUCACCUUCUUCUGCUCCGCGAAGGCCAACCCAGCCGUCACCCAGUACAGGUGGGCCAAGCGGGGCCAGAUCAUCAAAGAAGCUUCGGGAGAAGUGUACCGCACCACCGUGGACUACACCUACUUCUCAGAGCCUGUGUCCUGCGAGGUGACCAACGCCCUGGGCAGCACCAACAUCAGCCGCACGGUGGACGUCUACUUUGGGCCCAGGAUGAUCUCGGAACCCCAGUCCCUGCUGGUGGACCUGGGCUCUGAUGCCGUCUUCAGCUGCGCCUGGACCGGCAACCCAUCCCUAACCAUCGUCUGGAUGAAGCGGGGAUCUGGCGUGGUCUUAAGCAACAAGAAGACCCUGACUCUCAAAACUGUCCGCCAGGAGGAUGCCGGGAAGUAUGUGUGUCGAGCAGUGGUGCCCCGGGUGGGUGCUGGGGAGCGAGAGGUGACACUGACCGUCAAUGGGCCCCCCAUCAUCUCCAGCACCCAGACCCAACAUGCCCUCCAUGGGGAGAAGGGCCAGAUCAAGUGUUUCAUCAGGAGCACACCGCCACCAGACCGAAUCGCCUGGUCCUGGAAGGAGAAUGUGCUGGAGUCGGGCACGUCGGGGCGCUAUACUGUGGAGACAGUCAGCACAGAGGAGGGUGUCAUCUCCACGCUAACCAUCAGCAACAUCGUGCGCGCCGACUUCCAGACCAUCUACAAUUGUACCGCCUGGAACAGCUUCGGCUCUGACACCGAGAUCAUCCGGCUCAAGGAGCAAGGUUCGGAAAUGAAGUCGGGAGCCGGGCUGGAAGCAGAGUCUGUGCCGAUGGCCGUCAUCAUCGGGGUGGCCGUGGGAGCCGGCGUGGCCUUCCUCGUCCUCAUGGCAACCAUCGUGGCCUUCUGCUGUGCCCGCUCCCAGAGAAGUACGGGAGGGAGACCCGGGAUCUCAGGGAGGGGGACAGAGAAAAAGGCCAGGCUUAGGCUGCCCCGGCGAGCAAACCUCAAAGGGGUUGUGUCAGCCAAGAAUGACAUCCGCGUGGAGAUCGUCCACAAGGACCCUGCCUCAGCACGUGAGGCUGAGGAGCACCCCAGUAUCAAGCAGCUCAUGAUGGACCGGGGUGAAUUCCAACAAGACUCGGUUCUGAAGCAGCUAGAGGUCCUUAAAGAGGAGGAGAAGGAGUUUCAGAACCUAAAGCUGCCCCCCUCCUGUGUAAGGCAGGACGGGCCCAGCCUGGAGAGCCUGCAGCCACUGGGGCCAGCGCAGGCUCCCCCGCCCGGUGACGCUGCUCUCGCUCUCCCUGGCCCCCAGGACCCCACCAACGGCUACUACAGCGUCAACACCUUCAAGGAGCACCACUCCACCCCCACCAUCUCACUCUCCAGCUGCCAGCCGGACCUGCGCCCGUCAGGCAAGCAGCGGGUACCCACAGGCAUGUCCUUCACCAACAUCUACAGCACUCUGAGCGGCCAGGGCCGCCUCUACGACUACGGGCAGAGGUUCGUGCUGGGCAUGGGCAGCUCGUCCAUCGAGCUGUGUGAGCGCGAGUUCCAGCGAGGCUCGCUCAGCGAUAGCAGCUCCUUCCUGGACACACAGUGCGACAGCAGCGUCAGCAGCAGCGGCAAGCAGGAUGGCUACGUGCAGUUCGACAAGGCCAGCAAGGCCUCGGCCUCCUCCUCUCACCACUCCCAGUCCUCCUCCCAGAACUCCGACCCCAGCCGGCCCCUGCAGCGGCGGAUGCAGACUCACGUCUGAGGAGCCCGUAAAGGGGAGAGGCCGGGACUCCCAGCUCUCUGGGGACUCGGGCUUCUUGGCAGAGCCCCCCUGGAAACAACUGCUCCAAGACAGUGCCUCUGCCAGCCCCUCUUCCGAAGCCCCAUCAAGCACAAAUCUGGGUGUGUGGGGAAGGGGUCAGAGGAGGCAGCCAAGUUCAAGUGACUGUGCUGGACAUUCGGGUCCCCAGCCCUUCCCUGGACACAACCCCCCACCCCCAGCAGCAGCCAGGACUUUGCUUUAAUGGUACUGUCUCCUUCUGCUGCCUUUUCCCUGUGUUCCUAUGUCACCCUGGAGAGGAGGUGACCAUUUGUCCCCCAGAGGCUGAGGAGCUGAGGACCCUGGUCGAGGGCCCUACCCGCUCCCCUUUUAGUGUUGUGUGUUGAGCUCUUGCUCUGCCCCUGACUGGAUGCCACCGGACUGGCCCCUCCAGCACACAGCAGCUCAGAGGAGUGUGAGGCUUCUGUCCGGGGAUCUCUUAACAGUCUGCUGGAGAAAGUGUCUCCUGGGAGGUGGAGGGGUUGAGGGGACUCACCUCGGGCAGCUCCAGGGGCCUGUCUUUAGGAGGUCAUGGGCACCAGGAGGCCCACCCUCCUCCUCACCGUGGAGAAUAAACGCCGGGGUGCUUACUCCUCCCACAA